AUGUCUCGCCAGGAAUUGUCUUAUUUCGACAUUGUGCCUCAGUGGCAAACAACGGUUCUGCCCCAACAAGGAACAGGUGUCAACGAAUCUCCACAGAGCGCAAGCAUUGUCAGGAUGACAGAUGAAUCCGAUGCAGGCAGCGGCGACGAAAACGGGACUCAAAUAAAGUUUGCGGUCUCUGCGAAGCGACGACAAGCGCUGGAGGACAAACGCAUUGCCCAGGACAAGAUGAAUAAGCUCGAGAACCGACUCAACAGAACUACUGUCCUUUGUACCACACUGUUCUGUGUCAAUAUUGCGAUCUCUGGAGUCAUCUUUCUGAAUUCCAUGAGGAAAAAUUAA